CUAAUAUCUAAAGUUGGAUAUCAAAAAUUAAAAAAUCUUAAAUAUUAUUAAUAAUUGAGAUACUUAUCAGUUUAAUUAUUGUGCAGUAAAAAGAACAAAAAAGUGCAUUUAUAAAUUUAUAUUUGAAUAGAUGUGUAAUUCAUUUUAAAAAAAUAUCGGAACAAGCAAAAAUGAUACCUCCUGUUGCUCCUGGGCAAACAGAGGAAAACUUAAACAUGGUUGGAUGGAAAAACACUUUUAAUAUGAGACAAAUAAGUCUAAUGAAUCUUGCUGCUAGUCAAUUAGCAAUGAAAAAUGGAGCAAAGUCAAUGAUACCUUCUUACAGAAGAGCAUAUAGUGUUACAAGUCCCUCCAAAUCACUGGAUAUUUUAAGAAAGAAUCUUCAAAAUGCCAUUAAUAAGGAUAUAGACAAUGUACUGAAAAAAUAUAUCGAGAAAUUUUUUCAACCUGCUAUUAAUAAUAUAAGAAACAAUGUGGGAAAGGAUAGUGUAGGAGAUGACCACAUCAAAGAAGUUUGCAAAACAAUGCUGGAAGAAGCUAAACUUAUGUAUAAAGUGAGUCCACAUUCUAGGGACAAUUCACCUUACGAAUGCUACCAAAGUGAAGGAGAGUCUGAAGCCAGUCUGACUGAUCUUAGAAUGGGAAUGAAUAGCCCCAUAAUAUGCUGUAAAAGAAAAGAUUGUGAUCCAGAUGCUGAAAUCAUUCCAUCACCUGUAGUGCCCACUAAAAAACCAAGAAACAAAACUACACACUCCACUGAUUACAGUAGUUGCAAGCUGUCGUGGAAACGGGAUGGUCCUAAAUGGAAUCCAGAUAGACUUCGAGCUAAUACGUUAUUUAUAAUGGGGGCGAGAGCCAACAAAGUGUUAGGGUAUGGUCAGACACGAGGAAGAUUGUAUGUCCGGCAUCCAAAUCUUGUUAGGUAUUCUGGAGACCAAGAGGAUAAAGAAUGGUUAGCUUCAAAGAAUCUAAUGCCACCUAGUGGUGGCAAAGCGUAUUUAAUGCUCCUGGAAGACAUAAAAGAGUUAACAGAAAGCGAUGAAUACAAAUACAAUGCCAACCUCCAACUACAUGAACUGAAGGGUUUUGAAGUGCCCCUAUUUUUACUAAUAAAAAUAAAAAACUUUAUCGAAUAUGUAAGAAAUGAAAGGAAAUUACUCGCUAACGUUGAUCCCUUUGAAGACCAAUGUGAUCCUAAUAUAUCGUCCACACCACACAGCGUAGCCAUGGAUUCAGCGCCAUCUACACCUUCAGAUACAACUUUAAUUGUAGAAAAUACUUCAGAGAUAACAUUUAAAACAGAUUUUUUGAAUAUGUCCUCAGAUAUGAGUAACAAUUUGACAAGUUCCGUUAUUUCCAGUAUACUCUCUGGUCAUUUAACAACUAUGAAUGGACCAGACACUUCCCAAGAUUUUUAGCUCCUUCAAAACUUUUUUCAAUUUUGUUUCUCGUCUGGUUAACAUGUGUACUGUAAAUGCGCUAGUAGUAUUUAUUUAUUUAUUUAUUUAUUUAUUUAUUUAUUUAUUUAUUUAUUUAUUUAUUGAGAACAAUAGUUAAUAAGAUCCAAACUCAAAGUACGAAAUAGUUGUCAGAUACGUCUUGAAAUUCAAAAACAAUUUUUUAAGAUCAGCCAUAAUUGAUUUUGAUAUAAAAAAAGUAUUUGUCGCCUAGGUACUAUGAUAUAAUGCAUCAACGGUGGAUUACCAAGUUAUCUGCAAAUAUAUAAAAAUAUCAUUGUUUUGGGACUCACUGCUGUGUACUCUUUGUUAAAUUGUUUGGUUCGCAAUAAUGUUUAAAGUCGUCAUGGCAGGAGUCUGGCAUACUUGAGAAAAUCGAACACUACUAUAAGUAAUGAAUUUAAAAUUAAAAGAGAUCCCAUUUUGAUGGAAAAGUCCACAAAUUUUUAUUAUUAAUGUUAAGUCACUUCUUCGAAAACGCACAUAAAAGACAGAAUAUUGGACUCCAAAAAAACUUUAAAAUAUUUGUUUAUGGUACGGGUAUCAGAAACCCGCCAUAUAAUUGUAGAGAAUAAGCACAAUCGAAUGCCACCCCUUUAAAUGAUUCCUCAAAGAAGGUGACAUUUGAUAUGUGUGAUACAUAGGAAACUAAGGUUAUUU